AUGGCGGGCAUGGCGUUUGCAAGCGUCGAUGCCAAGGCGUCGCAAGACGGCGUGUCGCUCGCGCAGAGCGCUGUGCGCCUCUUUUACGGAUGGCUGAUUGCAUCUGGAGGGCUUAUAUUGAGUUCUCUACUCAGUUUCGUGCUCCUUCGGCGCAUCCUUGCCCGGCUGCACGGGCAGUGGGAUAUGCUCUCGACAAUCAAAAGCGACCGCCGCUUUCGCGCACUGCAAGAAGCCUCGCUUGAUACGCUUCCGCUGGGCGUGUACAUACUCUCGUCCCUUCUCUCUGCCCCCCGGCUGAUUUUUCACGUCUUUAUGGGUGCCAAGAUGUACGAGCUGAUGGACCGCGACGUGCGCUCGCACCAGAGUUGA